UCUGCCGGCGCGCGCGCGCCGGGCCCGCGGGGCUCUUAAAGGCGCCGCGUCCCGGUACCGACCCCUGCCCCCGGUACCGGGAUGGAGACGGCGGCCACAACGGCGGCCCCGGGCUGGCGUUGCCGCCCGGGGGGACGGCUGGACAUGAGCCACGGCUUCGUGAGGCACAUCCGACGCAACCAGCUCGCCAGGGACGCGUACGACCGCGCGGUGCGGCAGGCGCGGGGCCGAGCGCGGACACGGCUGACCCCGGCCCCGGCGCGGCCCCGGCGGCCCGACCAGCAGGUGUACCGGCCGCACCGGGGCGGCGGUGAGCGGCACCGGGGGGCGGGGAGGGGCGACCCCGAGAGGUGGGACGGGGAGGGGAGGGGGCCCGGGGGCGACGCCAGCGCGGGCCCCCCCCCCGACAGCCGCGGGGCUCCCCCGGACUCCGCCCGCGGACCGCGGCUCUUCUGCCUCGAGUAUGAGGGGGACGACGGGCAGGUCACGGCCGUCAUCGUGCACCAGGGGGACAGCGCUGAGGAGGUGACACGCCGGGUGUGCGCCCGAAGCCCGCUGGAGCCUCCCCUGCGCAGGGCCCUGUGCCAGCGUGUACAGGACGAGCUCAGCAAGCGCCGGGGCACCGGGUGAUGCUGCCACACCCCCCGGACACUGCCACUCCCAUGGGACCGGUGCCACCCCGGGGUCUGCUGCCAUCCCCCCGGUGUCAAUAAAGGUGCUGCGAGGC